CACUAUUUAGUAGUAUUUAAUUUUCACAAAUAUUUUUGCUACCGUAAAAUCGACCUCCGAGCAUAAUUGUGUUAAUAGCUUUUGUUCUUGGUUCUUAUUACUUACUAAAAAUAAUACUAAUUAGCACCACUUACAACCAAUGUGAAAUAAACGUUCACUAAUCGCUACAUCGGAUUCAAGCAACUUUAUUAAUAAUUUCAGAAUUGUAGAUACACAUUCAAAUUAAUUCGCGUAUAUUCUUGUAGUUCUAAAUAUCGAACAAAAAGUAGACUUAUUAAUCAAAAUUCAUUCAAUUCAUCAUCAGUCAUGGAUGUACCUAUGGUGUCAUUUCCGCAAUCAAUGGAUUUUCCACCAGAUCAAAUAGCAAUGGAUACAGCAGAGGUUGUUGAGAAGCCCACCUCACAACCUCCAGAGCUAACAGGACCUCAGAGUGGAAGGCAUGAGGAAUUUUCAGUUGAAAAGGUUUUAGAUAGAAGAGUUAAAAAUGGAAAAGUUGAAUAUCUUCUAAAAUGGAAAGGAUACUCAAAUGAAGAUAAUACUUGGGAACCUGAAGAUAACUUAGAUUGUCCAGAACUGAUAUCUGCUUAUGAAGAAGCACGGUUAAAGAGAGAGCGGGAAGUUCCAGCUCCAACAGAGGCUGUUGAUGAAGGUCAAACAACAAGGAAGCGGUCAAAGAGAGGUGAUAAGAAGAAAAACAGAUUAGAGGAGAUAGAAAAACCCAGAGGGCUAGCUAGGGGUCUGGCUCCAGAGAAAAUCUUGGCUGGACAACUUUUCCAUGGAACUCUUUUUUUUUUAGUUCAAUGGGAAAACUGUACUGAAGUGGAUGUAGUCCCAGGCCAUGAUCUAGGUCAAGCUUUCCCUGACUUUGUGAUACGGUAUUAUGAGUCUUGUGCACCGUUUAGUGUAAGGCACCCAGUUGGCUUAGUGCCUAGGCCUGCCCCCGAGCUUCCAAUAGAAGAGCCAGAACCAAAUACCGACGCCCCAAUGGAGGUCAAUGAACCUGCGCCCGAGGUCAAUGACCCUGUACCUGAGACAACGGAACUACCUGCAGAGACACAAGAAACACAACCAAUCACGGAAAGUGAAUCGCAACCGUUAGAAGUUCCUGUGAACUGAGACUUACAUUAGUGUCCAUUUGUUGUGUAUGCCUCGGGUUAAAUGAAUGAAAAAUGUAAUAAUAAAUCUUAGGUCGACAAGUCUAGCUUCAACAUAAUAACAUUUCAUUUAAAUAUUUGUUUACUGCUGGUAAAAGCAGACCCUAUACAUAACAACAAAACUGUAACUUCAUAUAUCUA